CCAUAAAUAAUGCCUAAUCACAGAGGGUACGAGAUUGCAAGGCUUCACUCUUUCCUAAACUAUAUGUAACUAGUUCUUCAAAACUGAUUGAUGUAGAAAUAUUUAUCUUCUAAAUAUGAUCAUGAAGAAAAAAAUAGUAUGUCAUUAUCUAACAAAGAAAAUAAAAAUUGGAAAUCAACAGAAACAUUCAGCUGGAACGAAGGGGAUGUCCUAGGGAAAGGUGCAACAGCUGUUGUAUACAAGGCCAGAAGAAGGCCAAAUGGUUGUGUGUGUGCAGUGAAAUAUUUUCAUGAACGAGUAUCUCAUCAUUUUGCCUCAGUAGCUUUAAGGGAGAUAGAUCUAUUGAAGAAGUUAGAUCACAGAAAUGUUAUCACCAUUUAUGCAGUGGAAAGAGAUUCACCAUCAGGAAAUUAUGUCAUGGGGAUGGAGUUAUGUGAGGGAGGAAGUUUAUACUCUAUGUUAGACCAGCCAAAAUAUUCCUAUGGUUUACCAGAAGAGGAAUUUCUAGUUGUGUUGUUUGACAUUGCAAGUGGAAUGCAGUAUUUACGACAGAUGGGAAUUAUUCACAGAGACUUAAAACCAGGAAAUAUAAUGAGGUUUAUAGAUGAUACAGGGCAGUCCAUCUAUAAACUGACUGAUUUUGGAGCUGCUAGACAAUUAGAUGACGAAGAAAAUUUUACAUCUAUUUAUGGAACAGAAGAAUACUUGGAUCCAAACAUGUAUGAGAAAGCUGUUCUACGAAGACAUUCAGUACCGUACCAAGAGUUUGAUGCUAGUGUUGAUAUCUGGUCUCUUGGAGUCACAAUAUACCAUGUGGCAACAGGCCACUUACCAUUUCAGCCAUAUGGUGGCAGGUCAAAUAGCCAGACCAUGUUCCUUAUCACAUCAACAAAAGAAUCAGGAGUUAUUUCUGGAAUACAAAGAUAUCAGAAUGGAGAUAUAGAAUGGAGUAAAGAACUUCCAGGAACUUGUCGUCUAUCUUUAGGACUGAAAUGUUUAGUGGUACCCAUGCUGGCCAAUAUGUUGGAAAGUGAUAAGAGAAGACGAUGGAGUUUUGAACAGUUUUUCCGUGAAGUGUUUAAGAUACAGGACAUGCUAACCAUUAGAUUGUACGACUGUAGUGUUGGAUCAAAUCUCAAGAUCUAUGUAGAGAAAUGUGAUAGGUAUGCAGCUGUUCAGGAAAAGAUAGCUAUGGAAUCGGAUAUACCUUCAGGACAGCAGUUAAUAUUGUUCCAGAACCGAGAACUUGAGGAGAUAGUCAAUGAUAUGACAUGUGAGGUACAGAAUUAUCCCACAUCAGUACUGCAUGGACAGCUGUAUCUAUACAAUAAAGAUAGAACUGAUGUCAAGAAAAUCAUGAUACCAGAUAUACCUCAGUAUCCAGUUUUCCCUGACAUGUUUCCUAUUGAAAACAAAGUUCUAGACAAAGAUAGUCACAUAGGACAUAAAUGUUCAGCAAUUUCAUAUUUGAUAGAAGUACAAGUCAAAGAUCUUAUAGUUCUCCAGGAACUCAUGCAACAAGCUGAAAGAUGUCUUAGGGAGUACAUCCAAAGAAUUACAAGAAGGAUAAACAACUGUGUUCCAGAGAUGUGUAAACUAUUGGAGGAAACUAAAAAGAGGACAGAAUCAUUUUAUCAGACUUUUGGUGUCAUCCAUGAUAUAUUGUAUAGUGUAUCAAGUUUAGCAGCAGAAGAAAGAAUAUGUGUGAUAGCUAAAAGACAUAUUGAGGAUAUUGCAUUUACUCUCAGGGAUCAGUCACCAAGGGAAACACAACAAAAGGCCGAAAAUAGAACAGAGGAGAUUAAAGUAUAUAUGAGUGUAUUGGUGGAUAAAGUAACUGAACAGGAGAGGGAAGCUAUAACAAGCUGUGUAGGAUGUAUGACAGAAGAUAGAUGCGUUCAGAAAUCACACCACUUGUCUACUAAGAUCUAUGAAAUCUACAAAACAUUUGCUGAUCAUAGGAAAAAGAGAUAUCUGUCACAGGAAGAGGAAUUUGCACAUAGGAGUGACAGGAUAAGAAUUCAAAAAUUUAUUGAACAGUUAGAGUUUGUGAUGAAUGAUCAUUGCAUGAAAAAUACUGCAAAAAUGCAUCAAGUGACAAAUAAACAAAUUGCAAUGUUGAUAAAACAUUUCAUCAGAACAGGAAAAGUUGACCAGAACAUCAAAAGUGUAUUAGAUUGUCAAUCUAAACUCAGUCUGAGGAUGGAACAGAUGGUGAAGAGAUGUACUGAUUUAUUAUGCAGACUGAAAAUAGAAGUGAUUCCAUCUAUAACCGGGCAGCCAGUGGAAGCCAGUCUAAGGACCAUGCAGGUUGCACUACAGCCCAGAUCAUCAUCAUUCCACCCUAUGACAUUGACAAGUCUGAAAUCUGACUUUCAAAUUCUACAAAAUGAUAGCAUACAGAUAGAAAGUAUAAUGAGACACCAUGCUGAAGAGUUGGAGGCACAAGCUAAUAAUUUAAAAGAACUCAGUGAAAAUUUACCAAAACCAGACUCAUUUGAGACAGGUGUUCAAGCAUCAUCAGAUAGUUGACAAAGGCUUAAAUUUAGUUAAUUAGGCUUUAUCAAAUUUGCUUUUUAAAUUUACCUGUCAAACAACAUCAGCUGUUACAUGAAAAUGGUUCACCACAUUCCACUUAAAGAAUCUGUGAUAUUAUAAGAGAUAUUAAAAGUGCUACAGUCCCACAAGGAUCAUCAGUGACAUCUGUUAAUAUCUCAUCAAAAUUAGACAUUGCUUUUUAAUUGUGAAUAUGGAAGCUCUAAUCAUCACUGCCAAAUAGAAACUGAGCUUCCAUUAAAAAGUUACUCUGUUCUGAAGCAAAUGUUUUAAAAUACAUUUGCGUAACAUGAGAAAGGCCAUGGAGUAUAUGGUCUUUCACUGUAAAAGACAUUUCUGUGUAUGAAUUUAUUUGUGCAACUACAUGUGAACAUAGUUAUUGACUACUGAGGCAAAAUGAUGACAAUGUUCAUGAAAAUAUUUCACUGCAACACUAUAUGUGUGUGUUUUUUUUUUUUUUUUUUUUUAUAUAUAUAUAUUUAACAAGGAGAACUCUAAGGAGUUAUCCAAAUAUUUGAAGAAACAAAGAAUUUAUUGUUGGAAAAAAUAGUUUUAAUUCAUCUAGAAAAGAUUUUGUAUAAACAGUAAUAAACUGCAUAGAAUGGAAUAAAUAGACUUGUGAAAACUUGGAAAAUAAGCAUUAGGAAAAUUGACAAUUACAUUGAUAUGGUGUAUAGAAAAUAAAAAUUAUUCUGGAAUAUUAAACACAAGAAGUAACAGGCAAAAAAAGAUCAUCAACAAUUAAGUGUUUAACAAGGAAAAUGGUUGUGUCAAAAACAACACAGGAUAACAUAUAGAAUCUAGAGAGAACAGUUGUGUGUUUAUAUGGUAUGUCCGCAGAACAGCAACAGAAAUGUCAUUGAGGAAAAAAAUGUUCAUGGUUUUCCACAGUGUAAAACAGUUUAAAAAAAACAUUUAUUAGUUUUUAUGACAGCAGAUAGAUAAAGAAUAUCAUUGUUCAGAUUCAAGGACCUUGAUCAGCAAAACUGCAUUGAGAACAAAUGUCUACAUUACAACAACAGCAGAUGCUUAACUUUGAGUUACGUUUCAAUCUAAACUAGUUCCAGAGACCUAACUUAUAGCAAGGUUAAGAGUAAUGAAUUGUAGUAAAGUGUUUUUGGAUACAGAAAAAAAUGACGGAAACCAAUACUGGCAUCUUAUUGUGGGCUGUCUGAUGAUUGAUAUUGUUAUAUACUGGUAGCUUAUACAAAUGGGGUAGAGCUAUAGUCAAGGUUUGCUAUGGAACAAUUUUAUUAUAUAGAUGAUAAGGAUGGACAGACAGCAUUGAAUUGGGCUUCCAUAGGAAUGAAGAUGUAAGAAAAUUGCUUGAUAACUUUACUGGCAUCAAGAAUGGACAGAUAACAUUGUUUGUGGUUUUCAAAAGAGGUCAUAUAGAUGUAAUGAGUUUCAACAUUGUUUUAUACUUAUACUGGCAUCAUACUGUGGGCAGUGAAAGGGUUGUCACCUUUACAUAUUUUAUAAUGAAGUGUAGAGUUAUAGUCAAACUUAUCUGAGAACAAUGAUAAUGUAAGGAAAAUAUAAAUAAUGGACAGGCAAUAUAAUUGGUGGCUUACACAGGAGGUCAUUGUAUUGAAACCUGACUUGCUUGAUGACAACCUUGAUAUUAGCAUUGAAGGAAAGAACUUUGUUAUUUAAUGUGUCUUAUACAGGAGUUCAUACAGAUAGAGAGGAAUUGUUACUGGAGAAGAUCACUAAUGUUGAUGUUAUAAUGACUUGUAAUCUCCUCUGUAUGAGGUUAACAGGAUUUCAUAUAUAGAUUUGACAAGGACACAGUUUCACCAUUGUUUUAUGCUUAUACAAGAGGUCAUAAAAAUACAAUGAAUUUGCUGCUAAAGAAGAUGAUAUGACAGUGGAUGAAGAUAUAAUGAAAGCCUUUCAAUAAGGAAACAAACCUGAUGACACAAGUGUCACUAUUGUAUGUGGCUUAUACAAGGGUUCAUGAAAAUAAAGUGAAACAUAGAAUGUGCUGUUGAGAAAACAAAAUAUUACCAUUGAAGAAGGAUAGACAUCAGGAUUAUUCCUUGCACCGGUUAUCGUAGGACAUGGAAUACUUUUGUAGAUGAAGUGAAACUAUUAUUAAAGAAUAAUUUCAACUAUUCAAAAUGUGACUUACUAGCAUUGUCACCAACAUAGAUGGCUUUUAUAAUUCUAUACUGAUAUACAGAGUCCAUAUAAUCCGCAAAAUUACAGAUAAUUAUUGCUAUGAGAAAAAUACUACCGGCUGUGUUCUGUCAAAUUACAUUAGUGCAUUUUGACUGUGACAACAUGAAUGCUUAUAAAAAAUAUCAGAACAGCAAAUAACUUCUUUGAAAGAAAAACCAUUAAAAAUACCUUGUGGUUUAAGAUUUUUAUACCUUAUUUAUAUAUUUGGAACUGAUCAAAUGCAUUCAGUUUGUAACGGAAUUGCUUGGAUGGAAAAACUUACAGAAAUGUAUUUUGCUGAGCAGAAACUUCUCACAAAAAUUUAAUUUGCUAUGAUUGAAAAGCUUACAGAAAUGUAAUUUGAUGAGAUUGAAAAGCUUCCAGAAAUGUAAUAUGCUGAGACGGAAUAGCUUCCAGAAUUAUAAUUUACUAAGACAAAAGCUUAUAGAAAUGUACUUUGCUAAGACGGAAAAGGUUACAGAAAUGUAAUUUGCUUAGAUGAAACAUCUUACAGAAUUUGAUUUGUUAGACAGAAAAGCUUAAAGAAAUGUAAAAGAUCAUAUAAUAGAUUUUAUCAGUUGCAUAAAUAGAAAUAUUGUAUAGAAGUCUUUUCAAAAAGUCAUUAGAUAUUUUGUUAUGCCAGACAUAUCGAAGUACCUAGAAAGGAGGUCAGAUAAACUGUAAGAAUAGCUGAUCUGAAAGACAAUCUGCCUAACCAAUAUUAUAAUUUUUUGCAGUUUGUGAUCUUUUCUGUCCAAUAUUUGGUCAAGCACCUUGCAAAAGCAUGACUGUCUGAACCAUAAUUUGCCGGACAUGUCAGACAUUGGGACAGAUUUCGAUAUCUCUGUUUUCAUUAUUGUACUAAAAAUAUAGUAAACUGUAUAGUUUUUACUUUAACAGUAUAUAUGUAUAUAUAGAUAUAUGUAUUUUUCUCACUAGAAAAACAGCUUUUACAUCUGAAUUAAGUGUAAUUCAAUAUUUCUCCACUCAUGACAGUUAAAUUAUUUAUAUGAAAUCUUUUUUUUUAGAUUAGACGAUCUCGAGUGUAAAAAUUUUUAUUGCUCAAUGCAGUGAUAAAAUCUAUUCCUCUCAAGAUAGUUUAAUCUAAAAAAAAUUCAUGUUAAAAAUUUAUCUGUCAUGAGUGGAGAAAUAUUGAAUUACGCUUAAUUCAGAUGUAAAAGCUGUGUUUCUAGUGAGAAAGUACAUCUAUCAGUUGUACAAUUAAUCAACAAAGCAUAUCAUGUCACAGUCAUGCAGUAUAACAUAUUUUUUUGGUGGGUUUGACAUAAUUAAGUCAUUUGCGUCUCUAUAUACAGGGGUUAUUAUAAAUGUAUUUAAUUAUUUAAUUCCAUUCUUGAAAAGGGUUUAUAUCUUUUUUGUACAAUAUUGUUUUUAUUUAUAUUUGAAUCUUGAAACGCUAUCAAAAAUGAUGAAAAAAGGUAAAUUCUUUAAUAUUUAUAGAAUGUAGCAUGGGUCUGUGUAGAGAUAUUUUUUUGUAAUUGAUGACUGUCAAAAUAAUCUGAUAUACAGCAGCAAUCGUUUAACUUGAAUCAUGACCAUCUUUUAAUCGUUUCAUUAAUUUCCAAGGCUAAUAAAACCCAUGCUCCCCGAUUUGACUUAUGCUCCAUUACACAACAAAAUAAAUGACAAUGUACAAAAAUGAUUGUAAUAAAAUAUAAAAAUGAUAAUCUGUUUCCAGAAUAUUUGUCUCUAUUGGAGAUAAAAUAAUGUGUGCAAUAAUUGUGUGCCAGAAUAUUGCACCCUUGAAAAUAUGCUGAAAUAUAUUUUUCUUACUUUUAACUUCCAUCUGAAGAUUUGUCAUAUUAUGCAAUUAUUGUUAUAUAUUUCAUUCAUCCUUUCCUGAAACUCCUAUUCAGUUGAUAUGCAAAAGAGGUCUUUGACUUCUCAAAAUCAAGGAUUUUACACCUCUGAACACUCAGCUUAUGGGCCCUAGACUCUUGACUGAGUAAAAUCUUCAUCUGAAAUUAAGGCUUAUUUACGGCCAUGUAGAUAGUUAUGAUUGAAGAUAAAUUGUACAUAUUGAUGUUUUUAUUGUAAUUACACUAGAUUUCUUGGUAGUUUCACUAAUUAAGUAAUUUUGUUUUAGAUUUAAUUAGUUCUUUAAGACUUUUCUAUAAUCCUGUCUUAUGUUGUUUUUUAUUAUGAUCAUGUAUAUUGUUUACCAUUGUAACUCUUAACAUUAAUUUCCCAUUACUUUAUUAGCUCAUUUGGCCUAAAAGGCCAAGUGAACUUUUCUCAUCACUUUGCGUCAGUCUUUGUCCAUCGUCCUUUUUUUUUUUACAAAAAAAUCUUCUCCUUAGAAACUUCUUGGCCACAAUCAUCAUUGGGGUAUCUAGUUUUAAAAAUGCAUCCGAUGACCCACGCAUGCCAACCAACAUGGCUAAAAAUAGUACAUUGGGGUAAAAUGCAUAUUUGGUCUUUUAUAUUGAAAACUGCUAUAAAUGGAGAAAAUCUGAAAGAUGCAGGAUUGUUCAAAAUGAUGUGAUCUACCUAUUGUAUAUUCAUUUCAAAACUGUCAGACAACUUCUUAUAGGAGUUAUUGCCCUUAAAUGACAAAUUUUACCACAAAUUUUCAUUUUUGCCUAAUAUCUGAAAAAUUAUAAUAGAUAGAGAGUAACUUUUUUUACUAAAAAUGAUCAGCAAGACAAGAUCUACAAACAAGUCCAAUGGUGGAAAUCGUCAGACGCUCCUUAUUGGAGUUACUGCCCUUUAAUGAUGAUUUUCAUCAAUUUUUGGCGUUUUUGUCAUAUAUCUGGAACACUAUAUUAGAUAGAUAGAAACUAAGAUAAGCAAAAAUGAUCAGCAAGACAAGAUCUACAAAUAAGUUUGCAAUCUUGAAAUUCCCCGACAACCCCUUAUUGGAUUUAUUGCCCAUUGAUAAUGAUUUUUACCAUUUUUAUACGCCCGUUUACGGGACGUAUUAUGGUAUACCGUUGUCCGUCCGUCGUCAACAUGUUGGACAUACACUCAAAAACGCUUUAACCAAUUUGCAUAAAACAUUGGUGAAUUGUUUAUAUCUAUUGACGUGAGCUCCCUUUCGUUUUUUAUAAAUUUUAGAUUUUAAGUUUCCGAGUUAUGGGGUUUUAUUCAUUAAAAAAAGGGUUUUUUUCCAGUUUUCGGACAAUAACUCAAGAAUGCUUUCACCAACUUGCAAGAAAUUGUGGUGAAUUGUUUAUAUCUAUUGACAUGAGCUCCCUUUUUGAUUUUUAUAUAUUUUAGAUUUUACGUUUUCGAGUUACAGGAUUUUAUUCAUACAAAAAGGGGGAUUUUCCAGUUUUCAGACAAAAAAUCAAAAAUGCUUUCAGCAGUUCUUAUGAAACUUUGGUGAAUUGUUUAUAUCCGUUGAUGUAAGCUCCAUUUAGAAUUUUAUAAAUUUUACAUUUAUAUUUCUGAGUUAUGGGGUUUUAUUCAUUAAAAAAGGGGGGAUUUUCCAGUUUUCGGACAAUAACUCAAAAAUGCUGUCAGCAAUGCUCAUGAAACUUUGGUGAAUUGUUUAUAUCUAUUGAUGUAAGCUCCCUUUUCAUAAAUUUCUAAUAUGACAUUGAGAAUUAAUUGAACUUUAAUUGUUUAUAGUCUGACAACAGAUUUACUAAGUAUUGUGCACCACCACAGUGUAUUGCACAACAGCAAGAAAUCUUUAAUUGAAUAUAAAUUCAAUUCAUAUAACCAAUUUCAAGUUCUUUGACUACAUUUAUUCAGAAACCUAUAAUAUGUCAAAUAUCUAAUACAAUCCAAAUUCAGACCUGUAUCAAGCUUGAAUAUUGUGUCCAUUUUUGCCCCAACUGUUCAGGGUUGGACCUCUGGGAAGCAGUUUUUUUUGCAUAUUUGCCUACUAUCUUGAAAACUAUAAAAGAUGGAUAGAAACUUUAAAUAGCAAAAAUGAUCAGCAAGACAAGAUCUACAAACAAGUAAAGUUUUGCUGAAAUUUUUUUUUAGUGAUGGCCUUGCAUGAUAUUUUUUACCGUUUUUAUUGUGCUUUGGACAAAAACACAAUAAAAUAGAGAGAAACUACACAGAAUAAAAUGAUCAGCAAUACAAGAUCAACAAAAAAAAAAUAAUUUUGUAAUGAAUUCUAUUCUGGUCUACAAUGUUGGAGAGAGUCCAUUGUUGAAAAUGCUCAUAGACCUAGGUGAGUGACACAGUCUCUUCAGAGCCUCUAGUUUAUUAAGUCAUCUCCCAAUAUCUAAUAUGACCAGUUAACAGAUAUGAACACUACACAAUUCUUAAUUUCAUUUGAAGAUUACAUAUUUACAUUUCAAUCAUAUUGUUAAGUUUUGCCUAUAUAGGGUUUGUGUCCAAUUCAAAUUCAUUGAAAUUCAUUUGCUAUGUUGUUUUGUUUCUGAUUUUUGAAAAUUUGUAAACUUAAGUAUGUGUAAUCUGCAUGUGAAAUAAAGGUGACUAAAGAAUUA